AUGCCCGACGCUGACGAUGCAUCCCAACCGCUGCUCUCGCCCAACCCCCUGCCGUCGCCGCCGAUCCGCUUCCCCCGAAACCUGGCCGACUUCUGCGCCACCUGGACCCUGAAGGCCAUCGUGCGCGUCUACACCACCCUGCUCCAUCUGCUGUCCUUCCUGGGCUUACGACCACGCCCGUCGCUUACCAAAACCUAUCCAUGCGCCCCGCACUCCCCUGUCCGCAUCUUCCUCCCACCCUCUCCUUCCGCCCAUGGCUCAUCACCCCCUCCUCUCCUGAUCUCGGUCCACGGCGGCGGCUUCGCCCUGUGCGCUCCCGUCGUCGAUGACUCCGACGCUCUGCACUACGCCCGCCAUCACCGCAUCGCCGUGGCCAACAUCGGCUACCGCCUCGCCCCGCGCUCCCGCUUCCCCAACCAGGUCCACGACGUCGUCGCCCUGGUCGAAGCGAUCCUGGACGACCAAGCUCUGCCCGUCGACCGCUCCCGCGUCGCCAUCUCCGGCUACUCGGCGGGCGGGAACCUGUGUCUCGCCGCCUGCCAGCUGCGAGGUCUGGCCGAGACUGGCCGCAUCAAGGGAGCCGUGUCCUUCUAUCCCGUUACCGACUUCUCGCUGGACCAUGCCGACAGGGUGGCACGUGCACAGUCCAUAGCCAGAAAUGCGCCCAACCAGAAUUUCGGAUGGGUGCGCUGGAGUUACGUGCGUGAGGGUCAGGACUUGCGCGAUCCCUUGAUCAGCCCCACGUUUGCCCCUAGAUCCAAGUUGCCUAAGAAGAUCUGUCUGAUUGGCUGCGAGCUGGAUAUGCUCUGCGAUGAGGCCGAGCGGAUGGCCGAGAAAUUGGCUGCUGAAGAGGGCGAGGGUGUGAAGAGGGCUGAGGGAGAGGCCGGUUGGCGCACCAAGAAUAUUAGAUGGGAGAAAGUGCUGAGACAGCCGCAUGGGUUCAAUCAGUUUGUGAAUUUCGGGGAGACCAAGAGAGUUGCAAAGAGGCGGACGGAGCAAAUGCAUGCAGAGGUCGCAAAGUGGCUACAUGAAGAGGUCUUUGCUUGA